AGCCCACCAUCAUGUUGCAAACAUUUUCCUUCUCCUCCUCAACCACAGGGAAAGAAACUCUCAGUUCGUCGUAAACAGACUGCUUUUAAAACUGCAGCCCAAAUGACAUCACGUCGCUGCAGUGCUGCACUGUCCAUGAAAGGUGUCAGUCGUUUUCUCUGAUACCAAGAAUUUGUCCACCGACCACUUGGCUCUGCUCUGCUCCAGACAUCAUGGCGUGACAACAUGUAUUCAUUUAUAUCGGGCUCUUAUUACGCAGGUGGACGCCUGCAUGAGGAGUAGAGGCGCAUUUCCAAAGGCUGGUCUGUUCUCUCUAGGACACAGCAAGAUUUCCUGCAACAUCCCGCCCGGAGAAAUCGACCGCAUUGCUUUUGUUGAGGAAGCGGACAGACCAAGUGAUCUAUGAAAACUAAUUGCUCGCAUGGGUACGCAUAGUAUUAGAGGAGAAAGGGGGGGAAAACCACGGCAUUAGUGCAUGGGUGGGAUUCCUUCAUUGCGCUUCAGACAGAGGAAGUUGUGACAACAAAUGGCUACAGUCAUGGCAAACAACUGCUUGUGACACAGGCGUGAUAACUGCGCUUUCGUGCUGUAAUUACUGGCAAACCGGUGUCGACGGAGAGUUUUCGACCUUCGUGAUUUUUUGACGGACUUGAAGCCUGAAUUUGACGCCAACCAUCAUCCGCCAGAGGCUUUUUUUUUUUUUUUUUUUUACCCUAUCGCUUCGAAAAGAGCCCCGGACUGCAGUUUUUCUGUCCUGACACCAUCUGUACCGCAAUUCAUAACAAGCGUGAGGUUUAUUAGGGAAUUUAAUCCACCGUAUUCCUUCGUUACAAACCCGUACGCGGGGAGGGGGGUACUUGAGACGACCACGUACUGACGCUUUAACCCCUUUUGAACACGGGCUCGGACGCAAGCCUCGGACUCUCCUGAGCUUUUUUGGAUUUUGGGGGAUUUCGGCUUUACAUUUUCUGCCUUUACGCCUCAAUCGGAUCGCACUGGGAUUUAAGGUGGGGUUUCAUCCCGACGCAGGUAACUGGAAGAUAUCCAACUGUCUCUUGUUGAUGACACUUCGGCGGCAGAUCGUCGCUCAUCACGUCCGUUGGAUCUUUUUUCAUUUUAUUUAAUUUUUUUAUAGCACAAACCUUCAGCCAGCCCGACGAGAAGGUUUUACGCGUGAAAUUUGGAAUAAAUGAACUCCCGUCGCCAGCUGAGAUUCGUUGUGAAUUUAUCCAGUGACACAAGUGUAUGGACGGCGGAGAUCAUGUGCAGUAGGAACAACCUUUCGGCAUCUGCUUUAUUAGUCCCACUUCUGACUGCUUUGAAGUGAACCCUGUGAGGAGGAUCCAGAACGACACAAUAUUCUGGUGGUAUUUUCCUGUGUUGCCAGUGGGAGUCGCCUGCCUCAGCUUUGACUCUCUGGCUGCCAGCUGAUCGAGAUGCUGAUGUGAAACCUGCGAUGGAGACCAGGGCUUGAUAUCUGGACCUGGAAACCGAUCAACAAUGGAGCGGCUGGUUGUGUGUGUGCUGCUGUGUGCAGCUCUGGUGAAGGGAUACAGCUGCCCCGGCCGCUGCAUCUGCCAGCACCUCUCCCCAACUCUGACUCUGCUCUGUGCUAAGACUGGUCUGUUGUUCGUACCGCCGACAAUCGACCGAAAGACCGUUGAGCUGCGACUCACCGACAACUUCAUCACGAUCAUCCGCAGGAAAGACUUUUUCAACAUGACUAGUUUGGUCCACCUCACCUUGUCCCGUAACACCAUCAGCCAGAUCACCCCCCACGCCUUUGUUGGCCUGCGAUCCCUGCGGGCGCUCCACAUGGAUGGAAACCGACUCAGUGUGAUAAAGACCGACCACUUUAAAGGCCUCAUCAAUCUGCGGCACCUCAUCCUCGGAAACAACCAGAUCCACCAGGUGGCUGCCACCGCCUUUGAUGAGUUUGUUUCCACGAUAGAGGAUUUGGAUCUGUCCAAUAACAACCUGCGCACCCUUCCCUGGGAAGCCAUAGCCAGAAUGACCAACAUUAACACGCUCACGCUGGACCACAAUCUCAUUGACCACAUUGGAGCAGGGACUUUUACGCUGCUCACCAAGCUGGUCCGCCUGGACAUGACCUCUAACAGGCUGCAGAAGCUGCCACCAGACAGCCUGUUCCAGCACGCACAGGUACUGUCUGACGCCAAGGGCUCCAGCUCCUCCACCCUGGCUGUGAGCUUUGGUGGAAACCCCCUUCACUGUAACUGUGAGCUCCUGUGGCUCCGCAGACUGACAAGGGAGGAUGAUCUGGAGACCUGUGCCUCACCAGAGCACCUCAUGGACAAGUAUUUCUGGUCCAUCCAAGAAGAGGAGUUUAUCUGUGAGCCUCCGCUGAUCACUAAACAUCUUUCCACUAAGCCCUUUGUGAUGGAAGGGCAGGGUGUGACUCUUAAAUGCAAAGCCGUGGGUGAUCCAGACCCAGAUAUUCACUGGCGGUCACCAGACGGCAAGCUGGUGCAUAAUAACUCCCGCACCAUCCUGUAUGAUAAUGGCACCCUUGAUAUUCUCAUCACCACCCUGAAGGACAGCGGGGCAUUUAAUUGUGUGGCGUCCAAUGCUGCAGGCAUCGCCACAGCUGCUGUUGAGAUCAACAUGAUCCCCUUACCCUUGUUUGUUAACAACACAGGCCACAUGCGUGAGGACCCCGGCCUCUCAGACAUCACCACCUCCUCCAAAUCUGGCAACGACACCAAGGGCUACGACAAGCAGGACAGGAGGGUGAUGGUCAAUGAGCUGACCUCAUCCUCCGCUGUGAUCCGUUGGCCAUCUGAACGCCAUAUCCCCGGCAUUAGAAUGUACCAGAUUCAGUACAACAGUACGGCAGAUGAUACUUUGGUGUACAGAAUGAUCCCAUCUACCAGCAAGAACUUCUUAAUCAAUGAUCUGGCCGCGGGGCGAGAGUAUGACCUUUGUGUGCUGGCGGUUUACGACGACGGCAUCACAUCAUUAACAGCCACACGUGUGGUUGGCUGUGUGCAGUUCCACACGGCCAGUGAGGUCAGCCAGUGCCGCUUCAUGCACAGCCAGUUCCUGGGAGGCACCAUGAUCAUCAUUAUUGGUGGUAUAAUUGUUGCUUCAGUGCUGGUUUUCAUUAUCAUCCUGAUGAUCCGUUACAAGGCCUACAGCAGCCCAGAGGACAGCAAGACCAAGGUCAGCUCCAGCAUGCACUCCCAGACCAAUGGCAGCCAGCAGCGGCUCCAGCGCUCUGCCUCUAAGCAGCCCUCUGAUGAAGGCCAGCGUGAAGCCCAGGCGCCCAAAGUGUGCAUGGCACUUGUGCUGAGGGUGGACAAUGAGAAGAGAGAGGAUCCAGCAGCCACCACUGCCAUCCUGGAGGUGGAGCUGCCACCCCUGACUGCAGACAAGCUGAAGAGAAGAACCAGCCUGGAUGCACAGUGCUCUGGCCCCCCAUCUGAGGACACACAGACGGACAGUAGCCUGACAGGCUCCACCAUGUCCCUGUGUCUCAUAGGCCCCAACGCUGGCACCAAGGAGGCUCCCAGGCUCAAGGACAAAAAAAGUACCCUGGCCAACAUGGGAUUGCUCCCUAAUGAGCUGGCACGAACUAGGCACAGAUUCUCUUUCGAUGGAGGGGAUUACUCCAUUUUUCAGAGUCAUAGUUACCCACGCAGAGCGAGGACGAGGUGGCACAAGUCCACCAACCAGCUCAACAUGGAGUCGUCGCCGCUCGCCAACAGGAGAGUUACGUUCAGCAGCACUGAGUGGAUGCUUGAGAGCACAGUCUGAGGAAAAGCAGCGUAGCCGGGAAAGAAACGGCUCAGCCCCACACACAAACAUACACGUGUAAAAACACAAAUACGUCUACAUGCCAUAUAACACACACUUUUCUCUUGCGCACAGCAAAUGAUAAACACAAGCACAUUUACUUACACAUGCAAACUUUCUGUGAGUUGCUGGAGAAGAACACAGUCUCCCUCCAUCCUGCCUCCCCAUCAUACUCCCAGAGAGGUUUGUUGGCCAUGUCCUUUCUUUAUGCAGCAGUGCCUUAUUCUGAAAAAAAAAUGUACGAAUGGAGGAUGCUGCUCACUGUAGUCAUAAACCUUCCUCUCUAUCAUUGCCUCCCACCCUGAUAAUGGGAAGCAUUUCGUUGGAUUUUUUUUUUUUUCUCCUUUUUCUGUGACAUGCCAAGGGAGCGUGGCGUUUGGAUGUGACUGUUUAAUUGUUUAAAAAAGAAAACGUAAUCAUAACUGUAAAGUGAACAGCCAGGUAUCCUGUUAUGUCAAUCAUGUUUUGGGUUCUUUCAAAAAAAAAAAAACUUUUGCACAGAAGACACGAGAUACAAGGACAAGUAUCACCACCAGUCUAUACAAUAAUAAUAAUAAUUAAAAAAAAAGAACAGGAUUUUACACAUGCCGAUUUCUAAUGUUAGCAUAGAGAGGAUGGACCUGGAAACCACCCGUGGAUUCCUCUUUGAUGGUCGGACUGUAUGAUGUUAAAUAGGUAUUGUUCCAGAUGUGACUGUAUAUUAAUCGGUACUGUAUCUGGCUGGUCUAGAUAAAAAGACAACCAACAAAAAAGACAUAUAUAAGUAUAUUAAAACAUUGGUGUAUGUGUACUAACUAUGUAAGUAAGUAAGUCAUAUGUCACAUGACUUUUUACAAAGCAUUUGGGUGUUGGCUGCAAGUUUUUACAUUAAAAACCUGUGUCAUCACGCCUCUCCCUAUUUAGUAUGUCAAAGUUUGGACCAUUUAUCCCCUCACGAAGGGUAUUAAAUUUUUUGUGUGGGUUAACUGUA